AUGCAGCAAUCCGACCGCCAACGAUUUGCACCGGAACCAUGGGCUGACCAGGGGAAUUUAGAUACGCUACUGUCCCCAACGUUGCUGGCUGGACUGUUGGCUCCGUCGUCAAGUUCGGAACCCGCGCUGCCGGUUUCGGUGCCGCCGCUGGCAUUGCCGCUCUCUUCUACACCUCUGGUAUUCCCAGAAUACAGAAGGACAUCCUCCAGAAGAUCCCCGUUUUCGGUCAGAACUUCAUCAAGGAGAUCCACCCCGCCGACAACCCUUUCUAAACGCCUUCUUCAUCGACGUGUGCUUUUUCGAGACAGAGAAAGAGAAAGCAUUGCGGGAUGGAGUUGUGAGAUCAUGGAGCGUUCCCCUCUGGGAUUUGUAUAA